CUAUGGUCAAUCAUUCAUUACCUUUAUUACGUGGUGGUGGUGUUGUUGCUAUUGGUCAAAAACUUGAAUGUGAGAAUGGAGUUUUUAAUCCAAAUAUGUCAUUUGUUGGUGAAAUAAGUUAUUUAAACUUGUGGAAUCAUGACGUUGCUUGUGAGAAUUCCAGUCCUAUGGUGCUGAUUAAUGAUAAAUGCACUACUGGUCUAAAUAGAAGUACUGUUGUAAUCAGGUGGAAUCAUGUGUACCAAUUUACAAGUGAAAAUGUUGUUAAAGUGCCCUCAUUACAUUUUUUAUCAUGCAAAGAAGCAAUGAAAUAUGGCAGUUCAAAAGAUGGUGUGUACUUGAUAAAGACGGAUACUUCACUUGGCUACAGCAGAGUUUUCUGUAUGAAAAACAUAUUGGGUUGUUCUGGAGAAGGCUGGACGCUGGUGAUGAAAAUUGAUGGGGAAAAGGAAACAUUCGACUUUGAGUCAACGUUUUGGACAAAUAAAAAAAGUUACAAGAAAGAAAAUGGUAAAACAGGAAUGGAUAAUUUGGAAACAAAACUUCCUACCUACUGGAGCACAAAACUUAACAAGAUAUGUGUUGGAAUGAAAUUCAAUGGUAAAACAAAUUUUAUCAGCUUCAAUUUUCAGGCUAAAUCGUUGUACGACAUCAUUGCCAAAGGAAAAUACCACCAAACCAAUGUGAGCCGAAAAAAAUGGAUGUCAUUGAUAAAAGAGAGUGUUCUUCAACAAAACUGCAAUAAAGAAGGUUUCAACGCAAAGGCAGGAAGAGAGAAAUUUGCUCGUGUAAGGGUUGGUAUCCUGGGAAAUAAUCAAAACCAUUGUAUGUCAAGCAACUCUUUUAUUGGUUUUGGCUGUAUGUAUAAAAAAUGCAAUCAAAAUGCUGAAAUAAACAGCUGCGGAAACUUUAAGCGCUGCAAAGGAAAUAAUGACAAACAAUCAAUGGGAUACAUUUUUGUUUCCUAAGUAUAUUAAUGCUUAUGUAGACCACAUUUUGUUGUUUGUGCAAUCAGCUUUAGCAGUAUACUUACUAAACUUACUUUCUUUAUUGUUAUUAGCUAUACGAAAAAUUCAUCAACUUUUCUUUAGAGUAAUUUAUGGAAGACUUUUAGAAACUAAAUUAGCAAGUCCAUUUUUAAAGGCUGUCAUUAGAUUUCUCUAUUGUGAGGGAAGAAUAAUUGUAUUCUUUAAGAUUUGUAUAAUUUAAAACAGUACCAAAAACGUAUGUUAAUAAAUGGCACAUGUAAAAAUAACACAAAAA